AUGUUCGUUAAACAUCUGAUUAGUGGCAGCUCUUGUAUGUUGUAAUUCCAAAUAGCAAAAUGUUCGCAAUUCGUCGGUCCUUUUCCCAUGGGAAAGGGUUAACUUCAAUAGUUACUUAUGCGGCUCGAAAUGUCCAUCUGCCGUCCAGAUUGGCUGCAGCUGCGACUACAUCCCCCGCCUCAGCCAUUAACUCCUGCCAUUCCCGUUUGCAACAACAACACAGAUGGUUGGCAACACAACCUGGAAAAAAGGAUUCGGAAGAUGGCUUAAAACGCAUCUAUUAUGGGACCCUGGCGCCCCGCAUGAAGCUAGUCAAGUUCUUUUCGCUAUCAACUAGUUUAGCUGGCCUAGCAGCUCAGCCAAUUUUGCUGGAGCAAGGCAUGAAGAUCGGAGGCACCGGCAUGGCCGUGUUCCUUUGUUCCGUAGGUGGUUUCUUUACCUUUGUCACUCCGCUUCUGCUACAUUUUAUAACCAAGAAAUAUGUAACGGAAUUGCAUUACAAUCCGAUGACGGAAGAAUAUACGGCCACCACGAUAUCCCUUUUGCUGCAAAAGGUCAAGACCAAAUUCAGACCCAGCGAUGUUGACGUACCGGAGGUGCCUGGAAUGUUCACCUCAUUUAUCGUUAACAAGCGUCCAUUGUUCGUCGAUCCUGCUUUAUUUGAUGAUCCAGAGCACUAUGUCCGCAUCAUGGGCUAUGAUAAACCCAUAGACUUUAAGUUAGAUUUGAGCGGGAAAUCAGAGAACAAAACGAAAAAGAACGAUGUAUAGAAAAUAUUUGAGGACAUUUUAAUGUGCAUAAGGAUUGUUGAACAAUAUUAAAAAAAACAUUAAUUCAAAA